AUGUCAGAGCACGUCGCAUGGAUUGAUCCAAACAACCGGGAGAUCAACAACGACCCGGCAAACCGAAUCUACGUCGUUGCCAAGAAGAACACCGUUAAGCUUGAACUAAAAAACCCAGUCAAGGGGGACAGUGGCCAGUACAAGUGCAUCAAUAAGAAGACCUCCCAGCACACCUGGAGCAACAGUCCAACUGGCUUUAAUCUGCACGUCUUCAACCCAACCGUGGUCACCGGAACGACUCACUACACCAAGUCGGAGGGCAGUCGCUUUCAGAUGGAGUGCAUUGCCACCUCUGACCGCCAAGCGACGGUUGACUUCUCCUGGACUUUCAACGACAUUGAUCUCUCUACCGAUCGCAACUACGCCAUCCGCAAUGAGGUGGCCGGAGCCCGUAAUGACGAGAUGCGCACUGUUUCCAAGCUGGAGAUACUAAAUGUGAGCAAGGAACACGACGGCAAGUACGCCUGCCAGGUAGACACAACAAACGCCUUCCUUUCUGACGAGAAGGAGCUGAAAGUGGUGCUGCGUGUGCAGUACAAGCCCAAGUUUGACGAGAAGACGCCCAAGUACAUCUGGAUUAGCGAGGAGGCCAUCCAACAGGGCGGCCCACUGACCGUCAACAUUAGCUGCAUCGUUGCGGCUGAUCCGGUGGCCAAGAUUAGCUGGUUCUACGGCGUCGGCCAUGAGCCCAUCACGCCUGGUUCUCGUCUGCCCAGCAGUCUGGCUGGCACUCGAGUAAACAUUGCCGAUAAUGAGAACUACUCAACGCUGACGCUCACCUUCAACUCCAUUGAUCACCUGCGCGGCAACCAGCGAGGCAGGCCACUCAACAAGUACACUUGUCGAGCAAAUAAUGAGCAAGGUGAAGCUAAAAACACAUUUGAGAUUAAAAUCGGACGCAUUCCAGACUCACCGCAAAUUGUCUCAGUGGAGUACAAAGAUG